AUUUGGCACGCAUUGGUAUGAAGGUAAACUAUGAUAAUGCAUCUGAAUGUCUGAUUGCUGCAUCAAUACUGAGAACUAGUGCAGAAGACAUAAGAUCCACUGCUAGAAGCAAGAAGACAUUAAAGGGAGAAUUAGAAUCAAAGAAGAUCUUGAAAAAUACUGAGCUGCAAAGUUAUCAAAUUAAGAUUGAAAAUCUUUCAAAGACUUCCGAUCGACUCACCAGUCUUGAGAAUCUUCUAAUUCCAUCUGUUGCAGGCUUCGAACGCGCCAUUACUAUUGCACAGGAUUUCAAGGACAUAGUUAAUGGGGCAAGUUUGCAAGGUGACUCCUUCCGACUGAUAAAAGAGGUUUUCAUGGACUGUCCUGGUGAUCUAUACGACGAAACCCACGAAGAAAUGCGCAAGUUGAAGACAAAAUGGAAUGAUCUGAAGCAAAUGUUCGCAAGUUACAGUGAUAAUCGUGGCAUAACGUUUUAAAACAAACAAAUAUUUCAAAGACAUUUGACCAGGAUAUUUAUCUCUACAU